AUGAAUGAAUUGAAGGGAAAAUACUCACCCGCAACAUACCAUGUCAAUAACGCGCAGUCUGUGCUUGUUCGACUUGAGGGCUCCACAUUGCGAAUAUCACGUCCUGCGAAAGCAGUGCUGAAACAUGCUUUUCAUGAAGAUCCUACUCUAACCCAACCACAACCUACCAUGGUUUCGCAAACGAUGUACAACCUUCAAGGAGCUCGCGUAUCACUUCGACCGAAACGUUUGGCACAGAGGCGAUGGUGGAGCCGAAAAUAUCCUAUUUAUAUUAAAUUUGCCAGGAAACCUGAUGAUGUUGUUACUCUUGCAACACCACUCUCACGAUCUGUAUCGAUGCAUCCAGUGCAUACCGUUCCUGAUAACCUGCCGUUUCUGAAUGGUGAAUCUUCCGCACACGACGAGGGCUAUACUGCGGAGACUGAUUCGAGCGAUGAAGGCGAAGCAGAACGCUCAAGCUUUGGCCGUGCUUCCUCUUUCAGCGAUGUGCCGGGCUACCUAAACGAAUCAAUUCAUCGUCCAGGAAAAGAAAAAUCGAUAUAUCUUUUCGGAAGGGCUGCUCGAGAGAAGGAACGAUGGUUUCAUCUACUUCGCGAAGCUUGUGCACAAUCGGAGAGAUCCCGAAAACCUCGCACAUUAAGAAGUUUCAGUGUUGCAGAACCCGCGACAGUAGUGAGUUCUCUUUACUUACUAGAAGCUGAACAUCGCGAAGGUGCGGACGGCCCUCAUAAGUCAUCACUACAACGACCCAUUCAGAACGGAGUAAAUGAAACACCUACCAAAUCACUGUCAGGUCCCAUGUUUGAGGAUGCAGUCUACAGAAGAAUUCAUACACAAUUUGCUGAGCAGAUAUCUAUCAUGCUUGGAUACGGAGUAGCCCCUCCUGAGCAAGGGUCUACCGUUUCCCUUGAUCUUGGCACCCUAAAAUGGAAACCUGCAAGCCCAGAAGAAAACUCUGACUUGGUGGAAUCCAUCAAUUCAGUUGGAACAAGGAUUUUCUUCGACUUCUGUCGUGACGAGUUUUGGGCCAAUCAAGUGAAACAGAAAAUUCAGAGCAAGUUGGCUACGAUACAUCUACCAUAUUUCAUCGAGACGUUGGAGCUUUCAUCGUUGACUCUUGGAAGAACCGCACCUAAAAUUGUUGGCGUUUAUACUCCAAAACUAAACGAGUGGGGUAUCUGGGUUGAUUUGGAGAUGAAGUACGGAGGUGGUAUUCGGCUGGUCCUUCAGACCAGUGUAAAUCUGUUAAAACUCCAUCACGGGUCUUCGAAGGUAGAAACUGAGCGAAAGCUGUCUCGUCUAAGUAGUGCAAUGGCAUACCCGACGUCACAUUACUCAGAUGAGGAGCUACCGGAAAGUCCUGAGAGCAGCCCCGACGAGGAUUUUGGCGCCAAAAAUAACCUCGAAGGCCCAAGUACGAAGGAGCGAACAGGGAAGAAGAUAAUUUCUUUGGUAGAACGUGCUGCACAGAGCAGUUUCUUCCAAAAGGCAGCCAAGUUCCCGAAAGUGGCUAAAUUAAUCGAGGAUGUGUCUUCCACUCCUCUCAUUCUGAAUGUUGAAGUGGAAAUGCUUGAGGGUCCAAUCACGAUAAACAUCCCACCACCUCCAUCUGAUCGGCUGUGGUAUGCUUUCCGACGACCACCCAUCGCUUCUAUUAAAGCUGUUCCUCAAGUUGGUGACCGGUCAGUUGAUAUGACUACUGUAUCGGACUGGAUCGAGUCAAAACUCCGCCUACUUAUCGAAAAGAAUCUUGUAUGCCCCAAUAUGGACGACAUCAUAUUGCCCGUAAUGUCUGGAAAUGAUCUUUUGCGCAAAGGUGCGUACAAUCACUGA